AUGGCAGUAGUGACGGCUGCACAGCUCAGUGAACUGUCCCCGCGUGCUCCGGUGCAGCCUGUGACAGCAUCGCUCUCGGGACGGAGGGCUGACCGCAGGAAGACUGAGCGAGCACUCUGCGCCCGCACCGACCUGGGAGCAGAGCAGGUGCAUCGCCUGCCGGAACUCGUGGAAGUAGGUCUCCAGCUCAUCGUGCUGCAGCCGUCUGCUGAGACACAAGAGGAGUUUGUGGAUGAUUUUCAAGUUGGGGAGCGAGUUUGGGUGAAUGGGAAUAAGCCUGGAUUUAUCGAGUUCCUGGGAGAAACCCAGUUUGCACCAGGCCAAUGGGCCGGGAUCGUUUUAGAUGAACCCACAGGCAAGAGCGAUGGUUCAGUGGCAGGAAUUCGGUAUUUCCAGUGUGAGCCUUUAAGGGGCAUAUUCAUGGGACCUUCAAAGUUGACGAGGAAGGUACAGGCAGAAGACGAAGCGGACGGCCUGCAGACAACUCAUGCUUCCAGAGCGACUUCGCCUCUGUCCACUUUGACAGCCAGCAUGGUGUCCUCUUCCCCAGCCACCCCCUCAAAUAUUCCCCAUAAAUCGCCCCAGCCAACCGCAAAGGAACCUUCAGCUACGCCUCAGACCAGCAACCUUACAAAAACCACCAGUGAAUCUAUUUCCAAUCUUUCGGAGGCCGGCUCAAUCAAGAAAGGAGAAACAGAGCUCAAAACUGGAGACUGA